CAUCAUCACUACUGAUCUCAUAGCUGCGCGGCCUGCAUCAGCAUACAAUAUUCAAGUCUUUUCUCUUGUCUUGGCGUGUCUCUUUGUCUCUCGGUUUCUGCCAGUCUCAGUCCUCUCAAACAGAGCAGGCUUAUUGAAUGCUUCUCUCUUUCCCCCUUUUGUAUUCGACACCCAGUCCCUGAGAGGUUGAACAUGGUCUUGUCAUAUCAUGUCCCCUCAACACUUCCAGGGGCUGCGUCGGGCUUCUAACAAAAUCGACCCGCCAGCCAACCCGCCCCCAUCCGACCCGGUAAGGAAAGUUGAUCCCACCCUGAAUCCCAUCACCCGCAGGCCUGGCCCCGGCCGUGGUCGUCCAAGGAAGCAAGGCAGCGCCGGCGCUCAGGGGGGCCAAGGCAGCGCCUCCGCCUCGCCCGUCGUCCCCGGAUUUUCGGGGGUCCCUCACCAAGCCCCCGUUGCUGGCAUGCACGGUUUCAUCGGCGUCCACAACAUGCACGGCCUGCCCGGCGUUCACGGCUUGCCGAUGUCUGGCGUUCCUGGCGAUGUCGCUGGCCUCCCAAGCUCUGGCGGCGUGCAGGUCGGCCAGGGCGGUGAGGCACGGCAGUCACCUGCCGAAGGCUCGCCCAGCAUGGGCGAGGAACAGACACCCGUGCAUGACGAUAUAGCCGUGGACCCCAGCCUUGAGGAUCACGAUCACGAUCACGAUCACGACGAGCAACCCGCAAAGCGUCCCAGGCUCGACAAUGGCCAGGACACGACGCCGCUGGAAGACGAAGCCGUUAUGAACGCUCUCGCUGCUCAUAACAAUAGCAACCCUCCACAAGGGCAUGGCUACACGACAGACUUCAACUAUGGCGAGGCGUAGAGCAUAUCGCCGAACGAGAACGCCUGGUUGCCUGAUGUGGGGUACCUGAUGAGGGUUCACAAUGACGGGUAGCUCUGUCCGGCGUUUUAGCUCUAGCUAUUCGCUGUCGUCGACUCUGU